GCCCCGCCGGGCGGCUGCUACCGGUGACACUCGCCCGCCCGCGCCUCCUGGGGCGGCCGGUGCUGCCCGCGGCUCCGGGACCAUGGACCGUCUCAGCGGUUGCUGGAGCAAGACCUGAUUUUUGCUCCUGUGAUGGAGCAGAGGCUGGGGAGGGGAAGAUGGGCUCUGCAGCUGCAGACUGCACCCGGACCCUUAUCUCCGCACUGUGGAAGCGGGUCCCUGAGUGCUGGACCAGCUCCUGCCAGAGCUCAGCAUCUUGCUCAAGCUGCUGGACCAUGAGUACCUGAGUGCCACCACGCAGGAGAAGAAACUGGCUGUCUCCACCAUCCUGCAGAAGCUGCAGCCACCCGCAGGGAAGGACGUGGACUACAUGUACGUCAACACAGCAUCCCUGAGCAAUGGCACCAGCUUCGUGGAGUCUCUCUUUGAAGAGUUUGACUGUGACCUGCGGGAUCUCCAGGACAUGCAGGAGGAGGAGGGGGACACCAGCGAUGGCGUUGGCUUGGACCUGGCGAGGAGCCAGACAGCAAAAACUGUUCCUGUGGACCCUGCUCCACCGCUGCCCACCACUCCGCCGCCUGAGGAUUACUACGAGGAAGCCCUGCCCCUGGGCCCUGGCAAGGCCCCUGAGUACAUCACCUCCCGCAACAGCUCCAGCCCCCCCAAUUCCAUCGAGGAUGGCUAUUACGAGGAUGCAGACAGCAACUACCCCGUCACCAGGAUGAACGGGGAGCAAAAAAACUCCUACAAUGACUCAGAUGCGAUGAGCAGCUCUUAUGAGUCGUAUGAUGAGGAGGAGGAGGAGGGGAAGGGCCAGCAGCUGACACACCAGUGGCCAUCAGAGGAAGCCUCCAUGAACCUGGUGAAGGAUUGCAGGAUUUGUGCUUUCCUGUUGCGCAAAAAGCGCUUCGGACAGUGGGCCAAGCAGCUCACCAUCAUACGGGACAGCAAACUGCUGUGCUACAAAAGCUCCAAGGACCGGCAGCCACACGUGGAGGUGUCCCUGGGCACCUGCAACGUCAUCUACGUCCCCAAGGACGGGCGGCGCAAGAAGCACGAGCUGCGGUUCUCGCUGCCGGGGGCCGAGGCGCUGGUGCUGGCUGUGCAGAGCAAGGAGCAGGCUGAGGAGUGGCUGAAGGUGAUAAAGGAAGCCAGCAGUCCGGCAGCAGGUGGGAUGGAAGCCCCCACGUCCCCAGUGAUGCCGUGCAAGAUGGACCUGGAUAAGCAGCUGUCACAGGAGAAGCACACCUCCGACUCGGACAGCGUGGUGACGGGUGAGACCGGCUCCCCGGCGGCCCGCAGAGAGCCCGGCGAGCACGGGAAAGGCAAAAAGAGUGGCUUGGCUGACCUGAAGGGCUCGAUGAGCCGGGCAGCGGGGAAGAAGAUCACCAGGAUCAUCAGCUUCUCCAAGAAGAAGCCUUCUCCUGAGGACACGCAGACCUCCUCCACCGAGGAGGACAUCCCCUGCUGUGGCUACCUCAGCGUCCUGGUUAACCAGUGCUGGAAGGAGCGCUGGUGUCGCCUGAAGGGCAACACCCUCUACUUCCACAAGGACCGCACUGACCUGCGGACCCACGUGAACGCCAUCGUCCUCCGGGGCUGUGAGGUGGUCCCGGGGCUGGGCCCCAAACACCCCUUCGCCUUCCGCAUCCUUCGCAACGGGCAGGAGGUGGCCGCGCUGGAGGCAAGCUGCUCCGAAGACCUAGGCCGCUGGCUGGGUCUCCUCUUGGUGGAGACGGGCUCGCAGACGGCACCAGAGGCCUUGCACUACGACUACGUGGACGUGGAGACAAUUGCCAACAUAGUGACGGCUGUGAGGCACUCCUACCUGUGGGCCAGCUCCUCCCAGGAUCACCGGCCAGACUCCUCCCGUGUGGUGUACGAUGACGUCCCCUAUGAGAAGGUUCAGGCUGAGGAGGAGCCAGGGCGGCCGGCAGGAGCCCAGGUGAAGCGCCAUGCUUCCUCCUGCAGCGAGAAGUCACGGCGAGUGGACCCGCAAGUGAAAGUGAAGAGGCACGCGUCGAAUGCCAACCAGUACAGGUACGGGAAGAACCGGGCCGAGGAGGAUGCCAGGCGAUUUCUGACGGAGAAGGAGAAGCUGGAGAAGGAGAAAGCAUCAAUCCGCAGCGAGCUGCUGUUGCUGCGGAAAGAGAAGCGAGAGUUGCGGGAAGCCAUAAAGGGCAGCACGGGGAUGAAGCUGCAGGACCUGGAGCAGCGGGUGGCAGUGCUGGAGGAGCAGUGCCGGCAGAAGGAGGAGCGCCGCGUCGACCUGGAGCUUAAGCUGUCUGAAGUGAAGGAGCAGCUGAAGCAGUCACUGGCGGGAGGGCCGGCCCUGGGGCUAGCUGUGACUGGGAAGGCUGAGAAUGGGGAAGCUACAAACAAGCCAAACGGGAGCCCUCCUGAGCACUUGGUCCCCGUUAACUGUGCAGCUGAACUGAGGAAAAGAAGUCCCUCCAUCCUCCCUGCCAACAAGGGAAACGUGCUGCGAAAGGCCAAGGAGUGGGAAAAGAAGCAGAGUUAAGCUGGGCUGCGGGAACACCUGCUGAGCCCCCACCGGACACUGGGGCUCAUGGAGGAGCUACAAGCCCCCUUUCUCCGAGGCACCGGGAGGGUGCUGGGAAGGCAUGUGGGGAGUGAUGCCCUCCCAUGCCCCACCACUGCGGCACCAUCUGCCUCGUGGGCAACACAAUAAACCAUGGGGAAAGGGGCGGGAGGGGGAUUUGGGAGGUGGGGGGGAAGGGGAGUCCUUCAUGGAUCAGGGUCACAUACUACUGGGAAACCCAUCUCUGGGAGGAGCCUCCCACGGGGCCGGGAGUUCAAUGCAAGGUGUGUGUGCCAGUGGUGGUGCAUAAGGAAGGAGGGGAGAGCCCAGGGGCUGGCAGUCGGCGCUGCGCUCUGAUUUAUCAGGAUCAGUGUGUGCCACCCCGGGACGCUGGAGACCAGGCUACACUUUCCAAAGCGACCACGGACUUGUUGGGUUUUUUUGGCCCCCUCACUGUUGGAGUUCAUGAGCUGCUCAGGACCGGACACUUCAGAGAUGCCGAUCAUUCACCCUGCUCACUGCUCCCAGCUCCGCAGGGUCUCAUCUCAGGGUUCCUCAUGUCUCAAGCUCUCUAUGCCUCAACCAAGUGCCCUUGUCCAGUAUUUCCUUCUUGUCCUCCAGGCAGUAAGGGUGAGGGCACGCUGGCUUCCCUUGGGAAUGAACAAAGCUCAAGUGUCAGCAUUUGAAAGCAAAUUAACAGCAGAUACCUUUCAACCUUGCUAAACAGCUUAGAAGUGCUGCAGAGGGCUGAGGCUGGAGGCAGCCCAGCUCUCUCUGCCCUAGCCCCAUGCCAGCUUUCAGGGAAGCAGGGAAAGGGACAGUGUUGUCUCCUGGCCAACAGUGCAUUCACACUAUUGCUGCUGCGGUCAGACAUGGUUUGCCAAGGCAUGUGGUCAAAAUGGAGCGAAGGGAAGUUUAAAACUGAAAAAAAAAAAAGGUGCUUUCAAAUGAGGGGACUGGAACAGAAAAGAGAAAUAGAGGAAGGUCAUUUAGCACAGGCAGAAACAAGGGACAGGAAUAAAAAGGAAAGGCCCAGGCUUUUGUGCUGGGAACAAGGGAGCAGGCCUGUCGCCCACUCAUGCUAACAGCUGCCACAAUUAACCUUUGGAGCUUGCUCUUUCAAAGCCCUCUUGUUAGUAACUAGGUAAGCAGCUUUUAAUAAAAAUGCUGGCACUGGCA